UUGAGUGUUGACGUUGGUCUGUUGCAAAUCUUAUAAAGAGGCAUUACUGGCAUUAGUGAUUUCAUUUUAAUCUCAAGUAGUUGAUCUAUGGAACUGAUGAUAUAUAUAUUAAAAAGAAUGAAUAAUUCAUCAAAAUGAAUCCAGAAUAUGCAGAAAUGGUUGCUGCAAUAGCUUUUGGCGUUCUUUCUGCGAUUUUCGUCAGUGCAUUUGUAAUCCUCAUUGUAAUUUGUAGAAGGCAAAGAUUGUUCUACAAAGCUACAUACUUAGAUAUGCACAGUGAAAUUUCAAGACCAGAAAAACAGUUAAUAGAACCUGACAGACCAGAACUUGAAUUAGGGGAAGUGAACAUGAAUUUUGAAGAGAUAUUGACAGAUGAGCAGUGGAUUGAUGAUGCCACAGGGCUUAUUCCUCAUUGCUUGGCUAUUCUGAAAACUUGCAGAUACCUGACUGAAAGACUCACUGCUCUGGCUAUGAAUUCCACUCCAAUAUCUGGAAAUUUCAGGCAAAUUGUAGAGAGUGCCAAAAGAAUCUCAAGUAGAGUAGAUGACAUGGUGAGAAGUAUGUACCCACCUUUGGAUCCCCGACUUUUGGAGGCUAGGGCUGCUGCACUGACUCUAGCAGUGACUCACCUGGCUUUAUUGGCAAAAUAUGAGUGUGGGCAGAAGCAUAGGGACAACCUUAAUUGGAUAGACAAAUCUUUAGGGGAGAUGGAUGGGCAUAUGGUAUUCCUCAGAGAAGCCUCUAUAUCUCAAGAAACCAUCAACAAAAUCUCAAAUGCUUUCAAUUUGAGUACAACUUUGUGAUCUGAUCAAAAAUGUGUAGUUUUGUUACUCGUCUGUAAUACUCUUUAAAAUGCCAGUGAUCAAAAUUGUAUUACUGAUAUAUAUAUUUUUUAGUGAAUAUGGAAGGAUUCAAUACUUGUUUUAUAAUUUUUUAUUACCUUUUAUCACAAUGAUGGUGUAGAUGGACCUUUUAAAAACGUACAAUUGGAAAGUUGCUACAAAUAUAAUUAUGUUUUCAAAAUCUCUAAUGUUUAAUAUAUGAUUAGUGCAUGAUUUGUUUUCAAUCAAUCAAAAAAAAAAGCAAAUACAAAAUAUUACUCUGGUAAAUUCCUGAAAAAAAAAAUCGACAAUAUUUGGAGAGAGCAAAUUUUCACCCUAGUUAUGAUUUCAUUCACUUUAUGGAAGGUACCUGUAACAGCAAAAAAUUAAUAAACCGAAAAAUGACAAUGUUUUGAAUGUGUUUGCUCUCGUUCCUAGGAAAAAUUAAUUUACUAUCAGAUGAAUCAUUUUCGUUUGGCUGCAUCUUUGAGAAUCUUCGUUUUCAAAUGAUCUUUGUAGGACAAGAUGUCGCCCCGCCACUUUGUACAUGCCUCCUUUUCACAUACCCAAAUUUCUUCAGCCACCUG